GUAGAGUCUCCAUUGAAUCCUCGUAAAGAAGCCGUCUAAUCUUGAGUUGACCGUACAGUACGCGUGAUCAGCAAUUCGGCUCUCAUUCGGUUUUCUUACCACUACAACCGGCAUGCACAGACGUCUACGACUGCGACCUCAGCCCGUCAUAUGUGGCAUGCUGUUCGUUGUCCUUCUGUGCACUUUCCUCAACCUCCAGAACGUCAAAAAGUUAACAACCGAAACGGACAUCAACCGACACGCAGACGGAAGCAUUAAGCGCCUUCUCGAAUCACUGUCAAGGAAUCGACAACUCAACCGGAACAACCGAGUGGGCGUGGCGGAUGUAGAUGUCAGGCGUUGUAGUGGAGGUCGCUUUGCUGUUGCUGCUGAGAGGGAGAGAAGUCGAGAAGUCGAGAAUGUUGUUGACAAUUCUAAUGGGCGUCUGUCGGAUGAGACGUUGAGGGUGGAAGGGUAUGAGAGGCAUGCGUUCAAUCAGUUGACGAGUGACACUAUUGGUCUGAUGAGAGAUGUUCCUGACGUGAGGCAUGAGCUAUGUAAGAGUGUGUCAUAUUCAAACGACCUUCCAAGUGCCAGUAUUAUUAUCUGCUUUCACAACGAAGCUCCGUCUGCUCUUCUUCGAACCAUUCAGUCAGUACUCGAUCGAUCGCCACCUCAUCUCAUUCACGAGAUCAUCCUAGUCGACGACUACAGCAACAGAAUAGACGACAUUCAGAAAAUUAUUGAUUACGCCAGAAAUCAUGCAAAAAUUUGUAUUAUCCAGACGGAACGACGCGAAGGAUUAAUUCGAGGUCGAACUCUAGGAGCUCGGUCUGCAACUGGUGAUGUUCUUGUCUUUCUUGACAGUCACUGUGAAGUCAACUAUCUCUGGCUGCAACCUCUUCUCUCACGCAUUAAAGAGCAGCCCAACACGGCCGUCUGUCCUAUCAUCGACAUCAUAAAUUCCGAUACAUUUGAAUACACACCAUCAGGUGUAGUUCGUGGCGGUUUCAAUUGGGGAUUGCAUUUCAGUUGGGAACGAGUGCCGAAUGAUCAUUUGCAAGCACCUGGAGAUACAAUCAAGCCAAUCAAAUCACCCACGAUGGCUGGAGGUUUGUUUGCAAUCCGGCGAGCCUUUUUUCACGACGUCGGAGAGUAUGACCAAGGCAUGGAGAUCUGGGGAGCAGAGAACCUGGAGAUUUCCUUCAGGCUGUGGAUGUGUGGAGGCAGGAUAGAGAUCAUUCCAUGCUCUCGUGUUGGCCACGUGUUCCGGUAUCGACGACCUUAUGACGAUCUCAGCACAUUCAGUAGUGUUUUCAGAAAUCAGAUUCGACUCGCAGAAGUGUGGCUGGAUGACUACAAGGAAUACUUUUAUCGCAGUCAAUCUGCAUACAAACAAGUCGAUCACGGUGAUGUCACUGAACGCCUUGAGUUGAGGAAACGUUUAAAAUGCAAGAGCUUUGAAUGGUAUCUUAAAUCUGUUUAUCCGGAGCUGCAUGUUCCACCGAAGUGGGAUAAAUAUUCAAGCGUAAAUGUGGGUGACAGAACAGCCCAAGGGGUGGCUAGAAAUGGGCAGAUUGUGAAGGUUGGACAGAUUCGAAAUCAUCAGUUUGAUCAAUGCCUGGACAUCGCAGGCAACACAAACGUUAAGAGAUCUCGAGUUGAGUUGGAGCCUUGCUUGUCAACUGAGGAUCAGGUGUGGGCACACAGAUCAAGUAAGGAACUACGAAUGGGUAUGCUGUGUCUCGAUUCCACAAGCAACGUCACUCUUAUGAUGAGAUGCAGUCACCUACGACAAGGUCAACUUUGGGAGUACCAACAAGAGACACAGAAAUUUUACAAUGAGCCGUCACAACACUGUCUCAACUGGGAUGCAAGAGCGAAAACCCUGAUGCUGGAGAAUUGCAAUAUUGCACAGAAAUGGAGUUGGAAAUAACUCUGAACGUCACAGCAUUUCUAUUUAAAAAAUUAGGCAAUAAGUUUAAGUACAAUUAAUAGUUAAUUAAUUAUUAUUUUGUUAUCCGUAAAUUUUUAUCUUUUAGCACUUGUUGUAAUGCCAGCAUUUGAAACAUUUAGUAUAAAUUAAGAGUUUGCUUUUGUGACUAUGUAGCAGUCAGAUUAAGUCAGUCAUAAGGAUACGUUUACCGUGGGAGUAUAUCAGAGGCAAGAAAACAAAAUUAAAAUUUGUAUUUCAGAACGUUUCGCAUUUACAUUUGUAUUUAUUUUAUGUAUUAUUAGACAUCAAUAUUCUAUUGUUGUAAUAAUAUUAAUUUGCGUGUAAUAAAAAACGUAAUGCCAAUACGGUUUGAUAAAUGGCUUG